UUGGCAUGCCCCGUAUCUUCCCGGCAUAAAAUUUCUCUAUAUAAGAAGUAGCCCUACUUGCUCUCAAAAUGCACCACUGCCUGCUAAUUGACUUUCUUCUUCUUCUUCUUCUUCUUCCCUCGUGUGCUAGAAUUAACCUUCUUCUCUUCCAUGGGCGUCAACGGGUUAGUUAUGGGCUCUCACCUGCCUCCUGGCUUUCGUUUCCAUCCCACAGACCAAGAGCUCAUCAAGUGCUACCUGAGCAAAAAGGUCACUGCUUCUCUGCCUUCAAAUUGGGACAUUAUAGCUGACAUAGAUCUCUACAAAUUCAAUCCUUGGGACCUCCCUGGUAAGGCUUUCUUUGGUGAGGGAGAAUGGUUCUUCUUUAGUCCUCGAGACAGGAAGUAUCCUAAUGGCGUUCGGCCGAAUAGAGCGGCUGGGAUUGGCUACUGGAAGGCUACUGGUACAGAUAAGCCUAUUUUGGGCGCCGGUGGAACCCAGUGCAUCGGCGUCAAGAAAGCUCUGGUUUUUCAUAAGGGCCGGCCGCCGAAGGGCACUAAGACUGAAUGGAUUAUGCAUGAGUAUCGUCUCUUGGAUUCUAAGGUUGCUGCGCCUCAGUCUCAGAAGCAGAAAGGAGGAUCCAUGCGAUUGGACGACUGGGUUCUCUGCAGAGUAAGGCAAAAAGGCAACUUGCCGGCGGCAAGUAAUGAAGUGGCUGAGACCUGCAGCCCAACAGAGUCUGCUUUCACUGUAAGUGCUCAGAGUGAAGAAAAUCAGGAAGUUGUGAUGGAUAGUACCAGUUUUACUGAUUUGGAUGAAAACGAACUUCUUAGCUAUCUUUUUGAGUCUCAAGCGGAAAGGGAGAGCAUAGGAGAAGUAUUGGAUCCUGCUUUCUUCAUGAGGUACUCGCAACUCAGCGAUAGCAGAGACUAUGUGGAGGCGCAGCAAGUUGGCUCAGCGAAGAGGAAGCAACCCUUUGGUGUGUUUGAUGAGUUAACGCUGCUGCAGCCUGCGAAGAGGCUGCAGUGCUCUGUAGAUGGGCUGUUUUCGCCUGCAGAUUCAGUCUCAAUAAAUCAAUAUUUCCCAGAGUUUUUCCUAUGAUUCAGUGUUGAGAAUUUAUGAUAACAUCAGGGGGGGGGUGCUUAUGUUAUGAUAUAAAAUCAAAUUUUUGGGUUUAAAUUUUUUAGCUUCAUUAAAGGCUUUUGGUUUAAGAGAGACAACAGUU